AAAGAUCCCUGGCCGGGAAUCAAACCCAGGAUAUAUUUACAUAUAUAUGAAAAAACUAUUUUCAUUUACUAAAAUGACUAAUUAAAUCUGGCAUUGUCCAUCCACAGACAGAAAUCCAAACAUAUUUUUUAUGAUCUUUCAGAUAAGUAAAAACAACAAAAGCAACGAGAAGGAUCUGCGCUCGGUCCCGUCCAGCUCCUAUGAUGAUAUGAUGACAGCUGAGGAGCAUUCAUCUGCCUUUGGCUCAGCAGAUGUCUCACAGUUGCUCUGAAGGUUCAUCAGAGAUAAAACACCGAGCUGAGGAGCUGAUCCUCCCCGGAUUCAGAUCACGGUUUGUGGGCGUUUCUAAGUCAGAAUGUUGGCUUUUUGCAGCAGAACUGUGGCGGGAAUGGUGAAAACAUGUGCCCUCGGGAGGCCCCGUCACUUGGUGAAGCCCGUUUCAGCAACCCGGGUCGCUGGCAGAUACCUGACCCAUCAGAGAGGGCUGCCAGGUCUGCCUGUGCCCCCCCUGCAGCAGACCUGUGAGCGUUACAUCACAGCCCUGGAGCCCAUCUUGGAGGCAGACGAGCUGACGCACACCAGGCGGGUCAUUCAGGAGUUCCAGGAGGCUGGAGGAGUUGGAGAGCAGCUGCAGAGAGGCCUGGAGAAGAGAGCAGGUGAAACGGAGAACUGGCUGUCCCAGUGGUGGGUUCAGGUCGCUUACCUUGACUAUCGGAUGCCUGUGGUGGUCCAUUCCAGUCCAGGACUGGUGUUGCCCAGGAUGGACUUCAGAGAUAAAGAUGGCCAAAUCAGGUUUGCUUCCAAACUGAUCGCAGGUGUUUUAGACUUUAAGACGAUGAUCGACAAUGAAACUCUUCCGGUGGAGUACCUGGGAGAGAAGCCCCUGUGUAUGAACCAGUACUAUGAGGUGCUGUCAUCCUGCAGGAUCCCCGGUUUGAAGAGAGACUCUGUGGUAAACCACGCCAAGAGCUCACAGCCCCCCAGACAUAUCACAGUGGUUCACAACUUCCAGUUCUUCCAGUUGGAUGUGUACAACAGGGAUGGGACUCCACUGACAGCAGAUCAGCUCUGUGUUCAGCUGGAGAAAAUCUGCAGAGCCUCACAGGAGACCAACACUGAACCUGUCGGUAUCCUCACCACCCAGCACCGAGACGUCUGGGGAAAAUCCUACCUCAAUCUCAUUAAAGAUAAGACGAACAAAGAGUCGGUCUCAGCGAUCCAGAGGAGCAUCUUCACGUUGUGUCUGGAUGGAGCCACGCCUGAAGCAGCUGGUGAGCUUUACCGCAGCUGUGCAGCCGUCCAGAUGCUGCAUGGAGGAGGCGGCCAGAGCUACAGCGGAAACCGCUGGUUCGACAAGACGCUGCAGUUUAUCGUUGGAGAAGAUGGAACAUGUGGUGCGAACUACGAGCACGCUCCCGCCGAGGGCCCGCCCAUCGUGGCGCUGAUCGACCACGUGGUGGAGUACACGAGGAAAGCUGAGACAGCCGAGUCUCCUGCAGGGUCUCUACCUGUCCCUCGAAGGCUGCUCUUCAACAUCACGCCUGAGAUAAAGCAGGACAUCGAGGAGGCCAAACUCAGCAUGAACACACUGGCGCAGGACCUGGACAUGAGGGUGAAGGUGUUUGGACACUUUGGCAAAAAUGUCCCAAAAGCUCACAAGAUGAGUCCAGAUGCUUUUAUACAGAUUGCCCUGCAGCUGGCCUACUACAGGAAGUACCGGCGCUGCUGUGCCACGUAUGAAAGCGCCUCCCUGCGGAUGUUCAGACUGGGUCGGACGGAUACGAUCCGAUCCGCUUCGAACGCCUCGGCUUCCUUCGUUAAGAGCUUCGAUGAUUCCAGCAAACAGAACCUGGAGAAACUAGAUUUGAUGGAGAAAGCUGUGAAGGCCCACAGAUCCUACACCAACAUGGCAAUCAGCGGGCAGGCCAUCGACAGACACCUGCUGGGUCUGAAGCUGCAGGCUGCGGAGGAGAAACUUUCUGUCCCCGCCAUCUUCAGGGAUCCAGCCUACGCUAAAGCUCUACACUACCAUCUGUCCACCAGCCAGGUCCCGUCAAAGACCGACUGCGUCAUGUGUUUCGGUCCGGUGGUGCCCGACGGUUACGGCUUCUGCUACAACCCCAUGGAGGAUCACAUCAACUUCGCCGUGUCGUCCUUCAACAGCUGCAAGGAAACAGACACAGGAGAUCUGGCUGGCGCCGUGGAGGAAGCUCUGCUGGAUCUGAGGAGGCUAUUGGAGCAAACUCCCAGAUCCAAACUGUGAAAUCCCUCAAGGCUUUGAGACGAGACAUUUCCAGGUCCUGCAGGAGGACUCGGAGUAUUUAGCUCUCUAAUCAUCUUAUUGUUCACCACUGUGCACUUUAAGAUCCAGUAACCCUGGCUGGGAGGUUCUGUUUGAUAUUAACAAUCGCAUGAAUAUGAUUCUCAAAUUUUAACUCUGAAGCACAACAGAACCAUCCGCUGGAAACGAUUCAAAUUCAACAAACACAAUGAAUUAUUCAACCUGUUUUUUAAUAAUUGUUUGGAUAAAAAGAUUUAAAUGUUGCAAAAACAAUCAGAUAAAGUUGAUCAUUUUCGAAGUAAAAGACUGUUGGCCUUCAGGACCGUUGGUCCAUAAACAUUUUUGAACCUUCUGAUAUUUUCUGUUUGAAAUCAUCCUUUCAUUUAACAUCCACCAGUGGCUGGUUUGAACAGGGUUCUGGAGAAUCUGAAACAGACGAUUCAAUCUGUUUAUGUUCCUCAAACUGUUCUGGAAGCUCUUCUGCACUGGAGCAGGGAAGAUGGACACGGACAUCGGGGAAUACUGUUUCUAUGAAGCGAUGGACUAAUUUGGAGUUCUGUUAGGAGGCCUUCAGGAGAAAAGCACAGAUUGUUCCUGAUGUGAUCAGUGUUCUGACUGCGUCCUGAUGAUCUUUAACCUGAUCCGACCAGCCACUGCUGUGUUUUAGUUGGAUUCUCCUGGUGCCUUCAGACAGUUUGCUUCACGCCAGUCAGAGCUCAGAUCUGCCGUUAAUCAUGAAGGUUUCUCUUUCUUUCUUUUUAGAAAAUGUUUCCUGGUUUACAACCACCAUGUUUUCUUCUUAAUGACAGGUUGUAGCACAACUGCAUCAAGAAGUAAAUUAUUGGUUGGCCUGUCUGUUCAUGCAGCAGAUUUAAUGCAAUUAUUAUUUUAACGAGAAAUUUUGAACAUGAAGAUUGUCUGGUCUGAAAAUCAUUUCAUAGAUUGACCCUUUCUGCUAAAAAUAAACAGAUGCAUUAUUUCUACUA